AGAUUAAUGUGUUCGCUUCGGUUGGCUUAGACAAACUUAAUCACACAGGCAAGAGCAGCUAACUCAUGCUAACAGCGCGCGCUAAGCUAAAUGCAGCAACUUUAACGGCCCUUAACAGAUUUAUUAGAAUAUGUCAAAAACACGGACAAUGAUCGUGAUCCUUACACCGCGAUAUCAAACUACAUGAGGGAAACUUGAUUAAAAAGUCGGUUGUGUCUGAAUUUAAAGCAAACUUACCGAAACUGACCCCUUAAAAUGUUCCAACUUGUCAACGGACUGCUCCACUGAAGAGGUGACUGGAGUGGGAAGAAUCAUGGAAAACCUUUUGAGCCAAUCAGAUUACAGCUAGGUUGUGUCCACGCAACGCUGCUAGUGGUCAGUGUUUGUGAUUGACAAAUGACUCUACCAAUGUUAUUCAAGCUUCUAAAGAAUCCUUGGUGAUGAUUGGUUUAUUCACCUGUCAAUCACACGGUACUGCCCAGUCAUAUGCCGGGGAGCCGUGUGUGCGUUCGUUGUAUUAUCCUACAUAUCCCGACGGAGCCACAUCCGGCCUGAGGUGCCGGGAUCUUAAUAGAAACCGGGGAGGCCCUGGAUAACAAAGCAGCUGCACCCAUUGACGUGGCCGUAGAACCCAAACACUCUCCACAGCUGCUAGCUAAGGAAGCAAAGUAAAGAAAGGCGCAGGCCUAGCGUGUGUAAAAGUAUUCUGUUUCAUUUGUUUUAAUGUAAAUCUGGGACUCUGCUGUUUUCACAUCUUUGUUUGCAUCCGCUGUGACUGAAGUCCGCUGAGGUUGUCUCAUGAUUUGACUGAAACUGAAAGGAAGUAAAGAGAAGAGGUUGGUUUAAUGUGUGUGACAUCAAGACGAGAGGCACCAUGAGUGCGGAGAUGGAUGCACUGACUGUGGUGAACCAGCUGCGAGAUCUUGCAGCAGACCCUCUGAAUCGAAGAGCCAUAGUAGAAGACCAAGGCUGUCUUCCGGGUCUCAUCCUGUUCUUGGACCACCCCAACCCACAGGUCGUCUACUCUGCUUUAUUGGCUGUGCGCUACCUGGCAGAAUGUCGAGCCAACAGGGAGAAGAUGAAGGGCGAGCUGGGCAUGAUGCUGAGUUUGCAGAACGUCAUGCAGAAGAGUACGUCACCUGGAGAGACCAAACUGCUGGCCUCUGAGAUCUACGAGAUCUUGCAGUCAGCGGGUCAAGAAGAAGCCGAGCAGGCCGAGGCCGCAGCGGCUUCCUGCCGGCGUAAAGCCCAUUUCUUCCUGGGCUCCAGCAACAAGAGGGCCAAAACCGUGGUGCUCCACAUCGAUGGACUUGACGACCCUACUCGGAGGAGUCUCUGUGAGGAGGCGUUGUUGAAGAUUCGGGGGGUCAUCAGCUUCACCUUCCAGAUGGCUGUGAAGAGAUGUGUUGUCAGGGUCCGCUCUGACCUUAAAGCUGACGCGUUGGGCACAGCCAUCAACUCCACCAAAGUAAUGAUCGCUCAGCAGGUGGUGAAGACAGAGGACGGAGGAGAGCUCAUUGUUCCAUUCCAGGAGAACUCAGCAGUCCUGGUCGAGGAGAACUUGGACAUCCCAGACUACCUGCCGGAGGAGGAAAGCCCGUCCCAGGAGCAGGACAAGGCGGUGACACGCGUCGGCUCCAUCACGGACGGCAUGGGCUGGCUCAGCACAGCCGCCAACUUCGUGACGCGCUCCUUUUACUGGUGACCACUUCCAGCACUGUGUUCCUCUCCCUGCUCCCUGGUUCUCUCUAAGGUACCAUCCAGCUGCAGCCUCAGCCUCUCUCAGCCCUGACGCGGACUAAGCCCUGCCUCGUAGCCUCACAUUAGUCUAGACUCCCUCUGCAGAGCACACAGAGCUCUGGCUGCGUGCGUGAUACAAGUGCUGGACUGCCAAUUGGAACCUGCAAUAACUUAAACUUGUGUAUAUAUCGAGCUACAAAUCCCACUACUGGCUGUAUGCGCACAACUAUAUACUAGCUGCAUAUAUAUCUCACAGACCUAGCCAGAGGACUCUGCAUCAGCCGAAACCAAAUAACAUUCUGGAAAUGUGUAUCGCUGACAUGUGGCAGGCAUAUUUAAUUUUCUGAGGCUGAUUUUGAGUCCAUAGAAAAUUGGGACUUCCUUUAUUUCUUUUGCAUGAUUUUCUGGUGUCUUCUCCUCCUGUCUGUCCGUCUCAAUCACUCCUCUUUUACCGCGUUUCUCCUUCAUACACUUCAUUCUUUAUUUUCCAAAGGAAUCUAUUUCCCCCUUUUUUUUUUUGGGUUUUAUCAGCAUGCUAUGAAACUUUGUGCCAAUCUUGCCUGAUGCCUAGAUCCUAGUUAUUGUGUGUGCCUUUUUUGACUCUUACUUUGAUAUUAAUUUUUCACUAUUCGGUUAAUUGAAUGGAGAACUCAGUGUGUCAGAUUCCGUUUACGCUUCCCUUAGCAGCAGCAGCAGCCAGCUUUAGCCGCUAACAGACGUCACUUCAGUAGAAAUAGUAACCUUAGACACCAGCAGGAGGCUGCAGCUCUGUCAGCCACUGUCUCACAUGCAUCAGACUGUUUGUUACAUACUGAAAGAGGAACUCAUUAGACCUGACUGACAGCUCCUUAAGUUAUUUGCACAGACUUUAGGCUACCUCUGCUUUCAGCUCUCUAUCUCACAUUAUUAGCGUCCUGGUUCUCUUUAGUUUUAGUCAAAUCUUCCAUCUGCAUGGUGAAGAUGAAUUCAUUAGCUGCCUGUUUUGUUACCUGGACUUCCUGACAUUUUUACAGCAUCGUAGCCCCGUCUGUUCAGCUCGGAUUUCAUUUUAGCCAGCAGUGUCCUUACAGCGAAGAUCAUGUUGGCACACACACACGCACACACACGGAUACAAAAAAACGGAGGACUCGGUGAUGCAGUUAUUUUAAGUUGUUGCAUACUGGAACAAGAGUUUGGAUUAUGUAAAUUUUGUAAAUGGUGCCUGAUUCCUCCAAAAUCUCUGACCUUACAUGUGAAGGAACUUUCUCUUUUUGUAGUCCUGGUUUGAAUUUUUAAACAUUAAGAGGUUGUAGCAGGUAACGCUAACGUUCUCUGUGAGUUUUCUCCUUUUCUUUUCUCCCCUCCAACCCCCUGACUCACACCAGGCUUAAUCAUGAUCUCCUCUGACUUCUGUGAGUGUCAUCAAUAAUUAUUAUAUACAGUGCUGACCAGGCCACUUUUAUUGUUCUGAAGGUACGGAGACGUCACAGUGGGUUGAGGUCAAACAGAGGAAUGACCUGAAUAACCUGAACGCUGGCUGGCUGUUCUCUUGAGAAGCAAUAAUUUCUUUGCAUUUAAUGUAGUGAUAACAGAUCAGCGUCAGCCUUGAAACAUCAUGUUUUUGAACAAAGUUUGUUAGCUUAAAGUUAGCCUCAUCAUCAGUAUUAAUUUUUUCUUUAAUUUUCCAUCUAUGCAUAAAUGAAUCUUUACGUUGCAUCAUGUCAUUUCAUUUUCAUUGGCUUCUCAGCUCAUAAUGCAAAGAAAUACUUGAACAUUGUUUUUGAGAGUUGUCAUUAUGUGCUGAUCAAAGUGUAAGAUGAUCUUAACUGUUCAUUAAUCACGCUGUAAAGAUGACAAAACCACAAACUAAGUCCUCAAACAUGUAACUUCAUGUGUACAGACUCCAUGCGUCUGCCUUCAAAUGUAAUAUAAUGUAAUCAUAGAUCUGUAGAUUCCAGUAAACUGUUAAUGCAAAUUAUGAUAAACGUAAAAUCUAAAACUG